AUGUGGCGCCUUAGGUCCAAAUUUGGUGUCCUGAUGUCCGAGCCUGACCCUGAUUAUGAGGAGGAUGAACCCAUUACUAAUUCAACCAUACUUGAUACUGCUACUCCAGUGCAACAAGAGCCUUUCAUGCACCCCUAUCAUGACAUGUAUAUGCAAGAAUUUUGUUGGUUGCAUGAAGACAAUAUGCAUUUGCAUCAUGAUUAUUCUGAAGUUUAUGAUAGUCUUUAUGGGAUAAAUAAUGAGAUGGUGGAGUUUAGAGAAGAGUUUUAUACCUUUAGAGAUAAUCAACAAGCACGCAACCAACAUGUGGAUCCCCUUGUGACCGACAUGCAUAGUGUACUCUAUUUAGGUGGUCAACCCACACAACCACCGUAUUACCCUCAAUAUCCACAAUAUCCUCCACCGUACAAUCCACAAUUUCCACAUCAAUAUCCUCUGCCAUUCCCACGUCAAGAUCCUCCUCAAUAA